AUUGGGUAUUUUGCCUGGCUGCUAGUACUGCAGUUCACGAGAUCUUCACGAUAGGAAGAGAAGGUGGCUGAUGCUUUUUCUUCCUUUUCGUAUAUGCGCUUGAGACGUUUCCAAACCCCCCAUUUCGGAAACUUUGCUUUCUUUUUCGACCUCGCUUGCAGGCCGUUUUGUCUCUCCAUCUGACCAUUGGCAUGAUACCGACUGCCGACCAUUUCUUCUUCCAAAGCAGCAAGCCUACCUCUCUGGAUUCACAACCAAACUCACCUCACAAGUUUCCCAAAAAAGUCGCCAACUGGGAGUGCGAGUCAAACGAGAUCCCUUCACCGCCGGUAUGGCCAAUGGCGGCGCUUCGUUUCUCCUGGGAUCUCGCAUGACAGAGAUGGGAGGUACCCCAGUACCUCACCGGCCCCACAUCCGAUGAUUUCCCACAUCUCUAGCCAACCACAUGCACCCUACGACUACGUACCUUGGCUACGAACAUUGAAGGCAUCAAUCUCACUUUCUGGUCCGCCAUAUGAAAUGACACGGAGCGGUCACACCGAAAAGGCGUUCAUCCAUUCCACACAUUGAAACCCCCCCUUAUUUUUCCUUCUAGAAGAAGGACCAGGCUCAUGAUCUCAUCUCUCGUCGCCUUCUCCUCUGCACCUUGGCUUUGAAACUACAGGGGACCCCGAAUUCCCAGAUCGUCCUUUCCUGAUAAUUUCCGAACGAAUCAGGCCGCUGAGGAGCAAUUCACGAAGAAAUAUACCAUCUGCAAGGCAGCAGCUUCCAAGCUUUGGAAAAUCGGCGGUACUGGAAGGAAUCUCGGG